GUUGGACCAUGUGGUCGCUCUACCGACAUGAGUAAUCCUUUCUUCAUCAAUGCAGUGCCGUCCGGUUGUCGGUAGGAUAUAGCAUCACCUGGUACUUCCUGUCUGUCUCUCUCCUUCUCUUCCAUUCUCUUCCUCCCCCUCUUGCACACCAACUCCCCAUUCUACAGAACAUACCUACCAUACACACACUGCAGAUCAGAUCUCAUAUACCGCCAUCGAAGACCACCCUCAUCGCCUACCAUGGCAGCCUCCGCCACCAUCUCCUCCUCCAUCGACGCAGCCAAUCCUCUACUCCAAGUUCCCUUCUCCGAGCCACCCUACCUCCUCGGUCUGCCUUCCCCCUUCUACGCCGAAAAGCAUUUGCGGUUCCAAAAGGCCUGUCGAGCAUGGCUCGAAGAGCACUUUCUCCCCUACUGCAUGGACUGGGAGAACUCGGGUGACCUACCCCACGAUCUCUUCGCCAAAUUCAAUCAAUACAACAUGUUGCUCCCCAACCUCCCCUCCCCUCUGCCUGUCACAUGGCUGCAUCAAUUGGGCAUCAAAGACAUCCUCGGCACGCCCGUGGAAGAGUGGGAUUACGUGCACACGGGCAUCUGGAUCGACGAGGUACAUCGCAGUGGGCUCGCAGGACCCGCGAGUGGGUUGACGGCGGGAUUUGCAUAUGCGAUUCCGCCAAUUAUUAAAUAUGGUUCGAAGCAGUUGCAGGAUCGAUUUUUACCGGAUCUGUUGUCGGGGAGGAAGAGGGCGUGUAUUGCCAUUACGGAACCGGAUGCUGGGAGUGAUGUUGCGAAUGUGGGGACUACGGCGGUUAAGUCGAAGGAUGGGAAAUAUUAUAUUGUGAAUGGGACGAAGAAGUGGAUCACGAACGGUGUUUGGAGCGAUUAUGCUACCAUGGCCGUGCGCACGGGAGGGAAGGGAGCUGGUGGUCUGACGCUUUUGGUCGUGCCAUUGAAAGCCCAGGGUGUGGAUAUGAGGAGGCUCAAGGUGACAGGCAGCAAGACUGGAGGAACGACAUUUAUCGAGUUGGAGGAUGUUAAAGUGCCCGCGGAGAACAUCAUUGGGGAAGAAGGCAAGGGGAUGUUUUACGUGAUGAACAAUUUCAACCACGAACGUCUGCUCAUCGCAAUCGGAGUGACUCGCCAAGCACGGGUGGCACUAUCCUCAGCAAUGGCAUAUGUCAUGAAGCGAGAAGCCUUCGGCAAAGCCCUCGUCGAACAACCCGUCGUGCGCAACCGUCUCGCCAAAGCGGGCGCAGAGCUGGAAACGUUACAAGCGUGGCUGAACGAAUUCUUGUGGCAGAUGAACCACCUGCCCAAGAGUCAAGCCGAUACGAGACUGGGUGGUUUGACCGCACUCGUCAAAGCCAAAGCCGGCAUGGUCUUCAACGAGUGUGCUCAAACGGGCGUGAUGUUGUUCGGUGGCAACGGUUUCACGGAAACGGGCCAGGGCGAGCUGGUCGCGCACAUUUAUCGUGAUGUGUUUGGCGCGAGGAUUCCGGGAGGGUCGGAAGAUGUUAUGCUGGACCUGGCUGUGAGGCAGUUGGUGAAGAACUACCAAAAGGCUACGAAGUUGCUGGAGAAAGAGGGCAAGUCGCGACUUUGAAAUGCUUGGAUUGUUGGAGGAGAUUGUAUAAGGUAGUCGAUGUAUUCAAUCUUUGUAUGAGGUAUGAUGAAUGAUACAGGUAUUACUAUACGUAUG